UGAGGAAGCCACACUCACUCACUCACUUACAACGAGCUAGUCACAGUAUCUAGCUAAGAUAGGAUAGGAUCGAUGGCGUGGAGCAGAGCAGCAAUGCCGUUGGGCAUGAUAGUCGUCGUCGCCGCGCUGCUCUCUCUCCCGUCAGCCUUGUCCUUGCCGUCCUUGAUCUCUAUGCCCACCGCCGGCAAGGUAGAUCUUGCUCUUACUGACUCGUGCCGUGACGACAUUGUGCGCAACGCCGUUCAGGCCGCGCGUAGCAGUGACAUCGGUGUCACCGCCGGCCUCCUCCGCAUCUCCUUCCACGAUUGCUUCCCUCAGGGAUGCGACGGGUCGAUCCUACUGACGGGACCCAACACCGAGCAAGAUAUCAGGCCACAGAACGGGGGUCUUCGUCAAACCGCUCUAGAUCUCAUCGAAAGCAUUCGUGACAAGGUGCACCGUGCCUGCGGGUGGCGCUCCGUCUCCUGCACUGACAUCAUGAACCUGGCCACCCGGGAGGCGGUGAAGCAGUCCGGGGGCCCGGACUACACCGUGCCUACCGGCCGGCUCGACAGCCUCGAGCCGGCUCCACGCACGGCCGUCGAGCAGUCCUUACCGGCACCCUUCUUCGACGUCAGCCAGCUCCUGGAAAACUUCGGGAGGAAAGGCAUGGAGAACCUCGACCUUGUGGCGCUCUCCGGCGCGCACACCAUCGGCAAGGCCAGCUGCGGCAGCUUCAGCAACCGGUUCGGCGAGAACACGGCGUUCAUGCAAGCGCUCUCCAAGACCUGCAGGGACAUCCCUGGCUGGAGGCAGGAUUUGGACGUGACGACCCCCAACGACUUCGACAACGCCUACUUCGUCAACCUCUUGCAGGGGAAGGGGCUGCUCACCUCCGACAUGGCGCUCGUCAACGAUGGCCGCACCCGGUGGCUCGUCGAGGGCUUCGCCGGCAACCAUUGGUGGUUCUUUGGCCAGUUCGGCACCUCCAUGAGCAAGCUCGCGCAUAUGCAGGGAGACCAGGGGAGGAACGGCCAGAUCCGCGAUAACUGCACCAGGAAGAACUCUGGACUGGCCCAAGAUCUCGUCCAUGCCGUCGAGGAGUUCGUGGCCUCCGUUUGAGAUUUCGCACCGUUGACAUGCAGCAGCUUCCAUGCUUGCAAUAAGAGAGCACUAGAUAUAUCUAGCUAGGCUAGCUAGCUUAUCUUCUGCCUGCUUCAUGUCAAUUAGAAUAUGCCUGCCUUGCUAUCUGCAGCUUGCAUAUGUCGGCCAGUACUGGUGUCUGUCUGUUUCACUAACUUUGUUUCCUACUUUCCUUGCUGUCUCAUGUUGUUGCCACUGUCACCUCUGUUCAUCGCCACCAGGAAUCCAAACUUUCUUGACAGGAACUA